UUACAGAAGAGUGAGGCAUAAUAGAAAGGGCAAAACUAGUGUGUUUGCAACAAAUAUCUAAGAAAUCUAUUUCUAUUUUUAAGGACUCAAUGUCAUUCACCUUAAAGAGUAAAGCAGACAUGUCUUCAACACAAAACAAUGAGGGGAAUGUGUUGAAGCGUGUGGUAAAACUGCCACUAGUCAGCUCAGCGCUGCAGCAGGCCAUUGCCGUCUACAUGGAUGUGAAAGGUCGUUAUCCCCUGCUUGGGUUUAUGGGCAUUGUAGCCAAGCUGGGUAUCCGUAGUGCAUCCAUGACAGCCAUGCAACAAGCAGCACCUCUGUUACAGAACCUAGCACCUGAGAUUGAGGCUGUGAACAAUUUUGCACUGGAGGGUUUGGAGCAAUUAGUGAAGUUUUUCCCUAUCCUCCAACAACCCACAUAUGAGGUGGUUGCUAAUCUAAAGGAUGCUUUCUUCUCGUGGCUGGAUGAUAUACAAUCUCGUGUAAACGAAGAGCUGGACAGAGCUGUGAUCAGAUGGGAUCAACUUUUGGAGCUCAUCUUGCGCCUCUUGGAAGCAGCUCAAGAAACAACGACUGGGCAAUUUAUCACCGCUGUCCUGGAUGAGCUCAUCACUCAAUCAGAGGAGGCAGUUGCUUACUACCUUCCUAUGCCACCCACACUGCGUUGUGAGUGGGAGAGAAGGGUGCAGAGCUAUGAAGAUGAGGAGAAUAGUAAUGAUGAAGAAGAAGAGCCUCAGAUGUGGACACGUGUCCGCAGUCUGCUGUUGUGUGUGUACCUGCAGCUGUAUGACAGAUUGAUGAAGCUGAAAGAAAGAGUGGACAGCAUAUUGCAGACUCUAGGGGCAGCUGCUGAGAAGGUGGGUUUAAUGCGGCUGAUGGAGAUGGUGACAUCCUUGCUGCUGCUGCUUCUGACAUUUUACACGGAUCAGGUGCAUCGCAUAGAAGAACUGCGCUCUCUGCUCAUGGCUCAACUCUCCUCAGGUAUAAAGGCACUGAAGGGUCUGCCUCCUGUACAGCAAAUGCUUAAUCUAUCUGCUCAGGUACGCAAUAUUAUGAAUGACCUGCUGGAACUGGGACAGAUUCUCAUACAGCUGCUCAUCAACACCACCCCGCUCUAUGACCUGGUGAAACAGGUGUCUGAUCUGAAUGCAACAAACAACUCAACAUCAGAUGAACUUCCUGAAAGUCCAUCCAACCGUGCCUCUGUAAACAGUCUCUUCCUCAAAGCCAUGGAUGGUCGUCCACGUCACCGCAGGAGCCUUUAUGCCCGUUCUCGACGUGGGUCUGCCAGUGGCUCUCCAGUCAGCACAGCUCUCUCCCCAACUCCUACCACAAUUUCAAAUGGCCGUAAGGGUAGUUUGAAGCUAGAUGCCCAGCUCUUAGGCUCUCCAGAACUUGACACACUGGCUUUGCCCACUACUGAUAUGAUCCACCGCCGUCUGUCAACCACUGAGGUUCUGCUGGCACCUAUCAUGCAGCUGGUAUCACAGAGCCAGCGAGCAUUUGAAUUUUUGAGCACUGGCCCAUCAUCCGAAGACCAGGUCAUUCCUGUGGUGGAAACCACAGAGUAUUAGCUUUUUUUUUUCUUUUUUUUUUAUAAAUAUAACCCCCGAUAUGUAAUCACAAAUAAUUUGAACUCAGACCAGACAGCUCUUCUACAGCAGUUCUAAAAGGUUUAAAAAUGAAUAAUAAUAAAAAAAUCUUGUGGAGAAAACACUUAAAUAAUAACAGGUUAACUUUUAAAUAAAAUAUUUAACUUAGCAUUCAGUAUGUUCAGGUAUUUUAAAAGCUGAAAUAAAGCAUUGGUGAGCCAUGUGUAUUAAGCCUACAAAAGUGAAAUUUAAAGUUGAUGCAAAAUUGCUCUUUGCAAUCUAUUACUUUGUCACAGCUGCUUUAAUAUACUUCUGUCUGAUAUGGUUGCAAUGAGAUCUGGAAUGAUUAGUGGUGGUUUGUAACUUUGAAUGUCUGAUAAUAGUACCUGAGACAACAUGCUGUACACUAAUUAUAGUGUAAUGUCUUUAUAUACACUAUUCUUUCAAAUAUUAGCAUGCAACACGUACAUAUAUUUAAAUUCCUUUUCUUACUUUAAACGCUAGCCCUAAUAAAACCCCUGCACGCAUAUAUUUUAUACAUAUUCCAUGUAGGUUACAGAGUGAAAAAAGUUUAACGUGAACUGGGUUGUAGCAAUAGACAGGGAAUGUCAGUAAAACAAAGAUAAAGUGCAUGCGUCAUAUUUCUCUGUACUGACCAGAACUUUGGAAUUAAAAUAGAACUGGAAAAUGGAUAUCGAGAGUGACUUUCAGUGAGAUGAGAAACUGCCAUUUGUUUCGAUGCAACAGGUAUAUGUGAAUUGUUACCAUUUAGCUGCUUAAGUUUUGCAUAUUUUAUUGUUUACACCCAAAUCCUCUUAAGCUCCUGUAGUGCUUUAUAUAUAUAAAAAAAAUCAAUAAAACAUUUUUAGGAAUGUUUGUGUUGUUUUGAUAAUUUAAGCGGAGAAUGUCUAAAGAGUCACCACACUU